AUUGAUAUUGAGACGUGUUGUGAUUGUGCGCACAGUAUUUAGCAGCUAUAUGCAACAUAGUUUCGUGAUUUGCAACGCACCAAGAUAGGUUUAUUUGUGUGCUUGCAGUCUCCGAUGGUGGUGGUCUUCUAGUUUUUGUUUCAAAUAAUGGCUUUGGUGGCACAGAUUUUCCUUUGGAUCAGUUUGACUACCAUUGGAGUUCAAUGUCAAUCUUUAAAGGAAACAAAUUUGAUUGUGACAACCGUAUUGGACGUGCCAUACACUAUGCUCCGUGACACGGCCGAAUCAAAUCUGAUUGGCAAUGAUCGUUUCGAGGGCUAUGUUGUUGAUUUAAUCGAUACUAUUUCCAAACAGCUGAAGUUCAACUAUACAUUGCAAAUAAAUCCGUCUGGUAUGAUUGGAUCGGUCGACAAAUCUGGUAGAUGGAAUGGAAUGAUUGGUGAAAUAGUAGAUGGACGGGCACAUAUCGCAGCUGGAUCGAUAUCAAUCACUAGGAACCGUGAAAGCGCCGUUGACUUUACCGUACCUUUUAUGAAUUUGGGUAUAGGAGUUAUCGUCAAAACCGAAAUUUAUGAGAAAAGUGCCCUGGAUGACUUCGUAGACAUAUUUUAUCCAUUUAGCAGACACUAUUCAACCGUCACAUUUUUCCUGCUCACAUUGAUCUUUGGCAUAAUCUUACUGGUACUUCGACGCAAAUACAAAACAGCAAUUUUCAGAAUACUGCUGGGUAUAUGGUUCCUAUUUCUCUUUAUGUUCACUUCGUUAUACAUCUCCCAAUUGGCAUCUAACUACAACUCAAACUAUUACAAAGUUGAAGCUUUUAGAACAUUCGAAGAACUAGCUUCACAAGAUCAUGUGGUGUAUGGUUGCAUAAAAGGUGGAUCCACGGAAGCGUUUCUUCGCGAUUCAAAGCACCCAUUGUACCGUAAGAUGUGGUCACGAAUGGUAGAAAUGGAACCGACUCCAUUUGUCCUUACCAAUAUGGAAGGUAUAGAACGUGUUCGGCAAGGUAAUUACGCAUUUAUAUCGGAGUCAUCUAUUAUUGAGUACGCGACGUCUCGACAUUGCGACUUGCAUCAGAUUGGCGACCUCAUUACCUCUAAAGGUUAUGGAUUAGCCGUACAGCAAGGAUCACCGCUACGGGAAUCUCUUAGCUAUGCCAUUCUACAAUUGCAAGAAGAUGGUACACUGUCACUGUUAAAGAAUAAAUGGUGGAACGAGCUAAAUGGUGGCGGUACUUGUUGAUGUGAUUUCUAAUUGUUUAAAUUCGUUUGACAUUGUUUUCCUGUUAUUGGUUCACUGAUGAGUUCAAGUUUUGCACAUACAUGUUUACAGUCAGAGGCAGUGAAAUUUCAGCAUAAAUUUGCUUCAGGUGUUUUUCAGCUGAUCCACACAAACAAUGAAAACCGUUUAUUCGUCUUCAUACGGUUUUAAGGCUUGAUUUCAAACUUACCACAAAAGGACUGUGAGAGACAAAAUUGAUUUUUUUUUUAAAUUAUUGAUUUGUUUACUUGACAGCUCGCUCUCCCACGGCUCUCACUUGGAGUACUUUUUGUUAAUUGGAAAGCAUACGUAACACCAUCACGCGCGUGCGUGUAGUAGCUUCAACUGUAUAAACCGUUUUGAUUGAGUGUGUGGAUCAACUGAAUAACAGUGACACAGUGACAAGUUUCAGUCCCCUAUUAUAAUUAAGUGUACCAUGUACCACUCAUGCUGAAGUGCGUUGGCUGAAGCAAACUCAUGCUGAAAUUUCACUGCCUCUGACUGUAUAGAAAAUGAGUUAAUUAAAACAGAAACUAUUUCUGGAAUUUGCUAUUUCUGUCUUUGUCUAAAAGCACAAAGAAUGUUUCGAUGAUGAAAUUGUUGUCUGACCACAGUGGCACUAUACUUAGCUGUAAUUUCAGAUUUCAGUAUUUAGUCAGAAAUUUAGAGCCUCGGUAAAAGCCUACGAGGUGGAAAGUUAACCUGUCACAUACGACUAUUCAUCUGUUAUCGAUAACGACGACAAAAAUAGUGACAAGAUCUGGGUAAUAUGGCCCUUUAUAUGGAAAAAAACAUGUUAAAAAAAUUGAAGUACAAGAUUUGAAAUCAACAGAUUAAAAAUACUUUGAUCGAUGGAAGAGAUAGACCCGAUAAUAAUACUGGUCAUAUGCCCCGAUAAUAAUACU